GCGGCUGCUGCAUCAGCCGAGUAUCGAAUCGGUGCGCAGAAAAUUCCAAAAAGUCUCCUUCGUCGGGAGAUUCAAGCAUGGAUCAGGGAGUUUCGUUGCUGUUUAAAUAUUUUCUGCUGUUACGCACGUCGAUGGCAGUGAUCGCUUUACCAACCCUGGGUUACGUCGAUCGACAUCGCUUGGAGACGUACGAGGAUCUGUCAGCGGAGUCGAGCGAUUUCGAUCUCUUCGGCAAUUUGACCUUCCGAUUUUCCUGCGAGGGCAAACAGAUCGGUUUGUACGCCGACGUGGACUACGACUGUCGAGUUUUCCACGCCUGCGACGAUUUUGGACAAGGAUUCCCGGUUAUCUGUCCCAACGACACGUUGUUCGAUCAAAGAGAACGAGUCUGCUCAGACGAAGGGCACGUCGACUGCGUACACGCGGACGAAUGGUUUUACUUGAACGAGUUAACGUACUCUAUGGAAAUGAUGGAAGGAAACGAUACGAAGCUGGAAGAAAUAGAAGAAAUUCCUUCGGUUCUACCCCUCUUGCUGCAGUAAUGCACCUGAAUCUAGCCCCAUGUAAAAUAAUAUGGCA